CAGUAACUAAGCUUGUCCGCCGAACAUAUUGCACAUCAACAAAUCGGAAAUAAAUUUAAUUCGAAAGUAGGUAGCUAAUGCAACUUUAUCGUACAAAAUGAGUUGGAAACAGUAAUAUUUGAAGGUGAUACACAACGUCACAAGCCACGAAGUGUUUCUCCCGAUCGUUGAUUUCCUUCUACGGUGUAGCCUUUUAAAACAAUAUGGUGAGUCUCGCCGAUGUGUUCACUGAGUCGGAAAGGACGAACUGGCUGAAGGUGUGGCUGGCAAUAGAUAUCGCAAAGUCCGGCCUAGAGCAAUUUGUGGAGAACGAGGCCAAAACUCUACACGGCAAUAUAUACAACGCAAUCUUGCCAAGUGGCGCAGUCGCGUGUAUUGGUUGUCUAACCGCCAACCUGCUGAAAUGCCCUUCACCAGGAUUAUGCAAUAAACGAGGAGCACAUAGUCCAUGCACAUCCAUGCAUGACACCCCGUUAAAACAACCAAGACCGUGUCCUGCUAAUGUGUGUACAAAAGUCCUUGUUGAAAUACAAAAUCAGCAUAAGUUUUCCAACCCUUCAUGGAAAAAUACAUUGGCGAAUCACUGGGCAACAUGUCCUUGGCAAAUAGCCAAGGCGUAUUUACCUCCUGACGGUUAUACUGAAAAGAGUUCGGUUCAAGAUACAGACUUAAACGGAAUCAUCAGUUUUAUGAUGAACUGCAAACACUUCAAUAACAAGUUUUCGUUCCCUAUAGCUUCGGGAAAAACACAACCGCCAUGCCUUUUAACAAAGGCGCGAGAACUUUGCAGAACUGCACGUCAUUCGUCCACGUGCAAGGUCACAGACACAGAUCUCCAAGACAUUUUCAUGACACUAACUAGCCUGCUGACUGACACACUAUGCCUUGCACAUGACGUUGCUGCGCGGGAGGCUGUGAGGAAAUUAGCGCAGCUACAAACCGACGUUCUCAAACUAACAACGGAGGAAAUUGUUAAUUUGUUAGAGGCUGCACAAGAUAAACUUCAGAAAGUUGAAAAUAUAACAGAGACGGCUAUUGAUGAAAUUCGGAUUUACAUUGAAAACUGUAGAAAGGAUCUCAGCGCACACACGGACACAUUUAAACUGGAACUUAGUGAACACACAGGCAAAUGUAAAAAGGAACUUGAUGGACAUUUUCAGAAGUCUACAGAAUCUAACUACUAUCAUUUUUGUGAAGAUUUUCGGCGACGAUUGAAGGCACUCUACAAUGAAACUUCUAGCCAUGGGCCUCUUUCAAACUUGCGUCAGAGUAUUGACAAGCAUAUAACAGAUAUAUAUGGAACGCCAAAACUACACCGAAUUCAAAUCGAUCAAGAUGGAAAACGUUUACAAAAGGAGAGAGUCCUAACAUACAAAGAAAUAUUUAAUUUAGCUGAUAAUUCAAAUCGGCGUAUAUACCUACAAGGUGAACCCGGUAGUGGAAAAUCUACGUUUUCAGCUAUGUUAGUUCAUGACUGGUCCCAUGGAAAUGAGGUUUCAUCGGCAUAUCACAGUGAAACAACAGCAUUCGAUGACGUGUUAACAAUUCAAAAAUUCAAGUUCCUUUUUUUGAUCACUUUGAGAGAUGCAAGACGACAGACAGAUGUAACGGAGAUGAUAAAAAAGCAGCUUAUUGAUACAACGUUUUCCGAAGACGAACGCGCCGAUGUGUACAGACGUUUCGUACAAAUAAUGAAUACUGAAAUCUGUCUAGUAAUACGGGAAGGUCUAGAUGAAUGGAUACCUCCUGAUGGGAGUAAGCUCACUGAACCUUCCAUGGCUGAAAUUCAGACCAACAUCUGCACAAUACUUACAACAUCUCGACCAUGGAAACUUUCUGAUGAAUUGAUCAAGAAUUUGCAAAUCGAGAGUCUGUUACAGAUCGAUGGGAUAAGCGAUCCAUAUACAUUCAGUGAAAAUAUAAUCCGAUGCAUAAUUGACCAGACUAAAGACAUAGUAGAAACUGCCCAUAACUUUGAGUUAUUCGUUGAAGAUCGUGAGCUCGAAUCGUUAUCCUCUUCACCAAUGUUGUACACGCUUGUCAUCUGUACUUGGGUGAACAGUAUUGAGAGGGAUGAAACUUUUAAAGGAUCGCCAUCAUGUGCACUUUACACUACCCUGCUGGAAAGUCUUUGUAAAAAUGCUAACAGUGUAACGGGUUAUUUUAACGAUUUAAAUCCACCACCAGUGCGAUGUUUUUCUGGCACAAGCUACAUACAGCCAAACAUUAAACACUUAAAUAAGCUGGCUGAUAUAGCCUGUAAAUUUCUCUUCUCUUCUGAAAGAGAAUCGUCCAUUGUUUUCAAUGACAUAACAUUGUCCAACUAUUUUUCUCCGGAUGAGUUCGAAGUUUUCAAGGCGUUUGCUCUAAAUGCAGGAAUAUUAACAAACAGGAAAGAUAAAAGUCAGACAGGAAGUGCCAACUCGUUCGUUCACAAAACUGUACAGGAACUUCUCGCAGCAUAUCAUAUCGCCUGCAAUCCGUACGUCAUUGAUGGAAUCAUAUCCAUGUAUCUUGAACGCCCCAGUACAUCAUAUCUCGAUAUAUCGCAAGUUUUCAUAUUUUUGUGUGGAAUGAACAUCUCUGCUGCAAAUAAAUUGUCGACGUUGUUGGAUCAAUAUGACGUUACUCAUUACCAUUUUGAGAAUUGGAAUCCUUCGGAUCCGUGUGUUUUCCAGAGUAUUAUUCAGUCGGGAAUCAGAGAGGCAGCAGCCAGCAAUCAGGAUGGUAUACAGCUAAAACUCAGUCAAUUUCAUAUUGAUGAUUCAAAUAUAAGAGAUUUAAAUGACAUAUGGUCUACAAACAAGUUCAAUACCAAGGUCUUAUAUGUAAAGAUCUACCCGAGCGACUUCUCGAGUUCAUCAACACGCGGCGAGCCUAGAUCUAAUUUUGAGUUUGACCUGUCAUCGUGCCCCAAGCUGAAAGCAUUGUGUCUAUCGGGAAGCGACAUAUGGCUAACAGAUACAGCCAGCCCGGCAACAACGCAAUUUCCAGUACGGAUUGUUCUAAACAGAACAGAUUCAGCCCCGUGUGCAGACCCUAGCAUAGUGCUGUCCUCCAUCGAAUACAUUAACCUGGAAGAGGUCACAUGUUCCUCUACCUGUCUACGCAGUCUGUUCAGCACGCUUCUGACACUCGAUCAUGAAGUACGGUGUGAGCUGCAUUCCUGGAACAUUAAAUCGUGUGGAGGAGGAUCAGAUAUACGUACAAGCGCAAACAUAACGACGGGUUUAAACAAUAAAUUAAACGUGCAGUGUUUAUGGAAUGACAGUCCCGGUCUGUGGGAGUCUAUUCUUGGUCUGAAUAUCAAUAGUCUGAGUCUGAGUGGCCAGUUCGGAGGUUGGACAGUGAAUCAUGUAGAGGCGUUUUCAAAGUCUCUAGCAUCGCUCACACAGCUUGAAACACUUUGUAUUAGUUUGUAUGAAGACAGUCCCGGUCUCUUGGAGUCUCUACGUGGUCUUAAUAUCAAGAGCCUGAGUUUGGAGUUUGUAGGUUUGAUAUUGAAUCAUGGGGAGUCGUUUUCGCAGUCACUAACAUCGCUCACACAGCUUGACACCCUUAGCAUAAGUGUGUAUGAAGACAGCCCCAGUCUGUGGGAGGCUGUCCAUGGUCUGAAAAUCAAAAGUCUGAAACUGAGUGAUGAGUUUGGUGGUUUGAGAGUGAGUCAUUUAGAGUCGUUGUCGCAGUCACUUUCAUCGCUCACACAGCUGGAAAAGCUUACAAUACAUGUGUAUAAAUAUAUCGACAUACAGCUUCCUCAAUCAUUGAGAUAUUUAACUAUCUACUGUAAUGAAUUGCAUCAAUCCGAAUUACGCAACCUUUUGAACAAGAUGUAUGUAUGUACUCAGCCAAUUGAGAGUAGACUGGAAUUCGGUUGUGAGAGUAAUCUGGAAUUCGGUUGUACCUCUUUUGUCCAUAUUAAACAUUCCACACUGGAGAAAUAUACUGAUAUCCAACAGGAACUGGAGCAACUGAAGAAUGUUAAUGUCAAACGCUUCCGAAUAUACGACCGUAGACCUGGAUCCGAUACGUGGUCUGUACGUGAUAUCGGUGUUGUUGAUGACGAUGAUAAUGACGAUGACAGCGUUUAUUACAAGAAAUAUAACUACUUCCUUUGUAAGAUGGAUCCGGUCAUCACCAAUCGAAUUUCAAUGCGACUUCAGAUUAUGCCAGCAUCGGUCUCAUGAACCAAUGACUGCGACUUCAGAUUAUGCCAGCCUCGGUCUCAUGAACCAAUGACUGCGACUUCAGAUUAUGCCAUCCUUCAUAUCAUGAACCAAUGACUGCGACUUCAGAUUAUGCCAUCCUCCAUCUCAUGAACCAAUGACUGCGGUUGUUAGGCAUGAUUUUGAUAUGAACACAUGCCUAAUGUCGGAAACAGAUAUUUAAACUGUGUACAUACAAAUGCACACAUUUGCAUUUUAAAUAUAGGUCACCAGAUUAAGUCGUAUUUUUAUCAAACACUGCAUUCCGAAGUAUUAGUUUUAUAUCACGGUCUUUAAGUUCAAUGGGUAUAAUAUCAUAGACACUUUUUAUGCUCCCUCAAAAUUUAUUUUUGGGGGAGCAUAUAGUCGCCGCUUCGUCUGUCCGUGUGUGCGUCUGUCUGUCUGUCUGCCCGUCUGUCCGUGCACAAUUUUUGUCUGAGCUAUUUCUCAGCAACUAAUGAUCGGAAUUCAAUGAAACUUUAUGGAUAGCUUCACUACCAAGAGAUGUGCAUAUUGUCAGCGGGUUCUGGUCGGAUGAUUUUUCACAGAGUUAUGGCCCUUUGAAAUUUUCUUUAAAAAAAAUUAUUGUCCCCCCCCCCUAACUACUAUCCCUCAAGACGUUUCCCUUUAUCUGAAUAUAUAGUGCAAUAUUGUGACAAAAAACAACCUUUGGGGAGCAUCACCCGUCACCGACGGUUUCUUGUUUUUAUCCCAACACGAUCUAAUCUGAUUUUGUUUUAUUAAUCAGAGCUAGUAAAUGAGAACAACUUGUGUCCUAUAUUUUGAACAUCAUUUGCAUAACUUAUAAAACCUUCCUAGUUUUAUUCCUAAAUAAUGAAAUGUAAUGAUAUCAUAUCCAUUGAGAGAAAUCAAAGAACAAUUUGACGUCAUGUUCGUUGCUGCUUCAGCGCAAGUAGCAUGCAGCAAACACAACUAGCUAAAUACAAUACUGAUUUGUAUUGUGUUUACUUUUUUCUCAAAUGUUAUUGUAUAAUUUAAGAAAUACAAUCGUUUUUUCAUAAACUAUGCACUUAAAAUAGCUUGGCAUUUUUUUCCUAAGAACUGUUCUAUGCAGGUGCAUCUAGUAUAUAUA